GCCAUUCACAAUGGCAGAAGGCAAAACAAUAUUCUCCGGCUUUAUUUAUAUAAACAGAAAUUGUGAAAUUAUUUGAUUUUUACACAUUAUGAGCUUGGACCAGCAGCCCACAGUCAAUCCUAGGAAUCCUCAUGGCCUUGGCGAUCCCAACGAUACUUCGUUGCGCAAUGUGGAGCGUGAAGUGCUAAUACCAAAGAUUAUGCGGGAUCGAGCGCGAACGGAGCUGUGUUCCCAAGAAGUGGCCGAUUUUGAAGAAUGCUGCAAAUCAAGUAGCAUUUUUAUGGUGGCCACCUGUCGUAAACAGAAUUCAGCGCUCAGGGAUUGUCUGACGCGUUGGUAUCAGAACGAGGCAUUCAAGGAGGAGUGCAAGGCUAUUUAUUUGCAGGAGCGUGCAGACUAUCGAAGCACUGGAAUACCCAAGAAAAAUCGUGUCCAGAAAAUGUAGGUUAAGUUAUAUUAUUGUUUAUUUUUGUUUGCUUUGCACAAAUGCAGUGUAGUUGAACCGUC